CUCUCUCUCUCUCUCUCUCUCUGUGAACGCCGCGGGAUAAUGACGAAGGUCCACCCGAGCAACACAAUCCCGGAUCUCGAGUUCCCGGAACCCGCCGGCGCCCGGCGGAAGGAUUCGAACACUGUGGUCUUGACGGUGUGGCGGAAGUCCCUACUGUUCAGUUGCAGCGGGUUCACGGUCUUUGACGCCGAGGGGAACUUGGUCUUCCGAGUCGAUAACUAUGGCUCGGGGAGCACGGGGGAGAUCGUCCUCAUGGAUGCCGCCGGGAAGCCAUUACUCACCAUCCGCCGAAAGAAGCUGAGUUUCGGGGCGACCUGGGUGAUAUAUGACGGAGAGGAUGUCGUCGACCCUCUCUUCUCCGUCAAGAAGCACUCGAACCUCCUCCACUCCAAGGUCCUCGCUCACGUGACCUCCCCGUGCCGCCGCCGCCGCCACCGGGGUGGCUGCGGCGCUGGAUACGAGGUCGAGGGGUCGUACUCGCGGCGGAGCUGCACCGUCUACGACGAGAUGCGGCGGAGUGUGGCGGAGAUCCGGCGGAAGGAGGCCGUAGGAGGCGUGGCCUUCGGCGGCGACGUCUUCCGCCUCGUGGUCCAUGCAGACGUCGACACGUGUCUGGCGAUGGCCAUCCUCAUCGUCCUCGAUCAGAUGUUCGGAUCAAGAGUGUCUCUGAUCGACGGCUGAGAUCUCGAGUUCGGACGGACCCCUCUCUUCUCCCUUCCUGGCUUGCAUGAUUGGAUGCGUGCCAUUUCAAGUUCUUUUUCUUGUUCUUUUCCCCCUUUUUUGGGGCCUUUUCUUAGAUCGCAAACUAACACAAGGCAAGAAGAACUGAGUGUAUAGAGUUUCAUUCCAAUAAAACAUCACUU